GGGGCGCUGGAGCGGCUCCGGCAGCGGGCGGCCUCGGUCUUCGCUUUUAUCCUUCCCUGCAGAGCGCUAAUGAGCUUAUCUGCUCCUUCUGGGAUGUAGAGUAAGCACGGGAGUCGGCGUAGAUUUUACCAAUCCAUAACAUGGUGGCAGUGCUGGAAGUGAUCUCCAGCCUGGAGAAAUACCCCAUUACCAAAGAGGCACUUGAGGAAACAAGGCUUGGGAGGCUUAUCAAUGAGGUGAGGAAGAAGACAUCCAAUGAGGAACUUGCCAAACGUGCCAAGAAAUUGUUGCGGAAUUGGCAAAAGUUGAUAGAACCUGUGACCCCGAGCGAGGCGGUGCCAAGAGGGCUGCAGAAUCCGCCCGGAUCGGCCAACGGCGGUGCUCACAACUGCAAACCAGAAGCGCCCCUUCCUGCCGUGGCUGGGUCAAAACCCAUCAGUGAAUUGAAAAGCAGGAACGAUAUCCAGAAACUGAAUUCUCCAAAACCAGAGAAAUUGGGAAAUCGGAAAAGGAAAGGUGAACAUAGGGAUGGGCAUCAGGGCCCUCCUCCCCCGAAAGUCUCCAAAGUUAGUCAUGAAAUAUUACAGAACUCUUCACCCCCUCCAACAAACGGAAUUGGAGGUAGUCCCGAGAAUUUUCCUAGUCCUGUAGAUGUAAAUCUACAUGCAGGGCCUGAAAGCAGCAGGACAGAACUUAGCGAAAACGAUAAACACAAUAAGAUCCCAGUAAAUGCUGUAAAACCUCACACCAGUUCUCCAGGACUCGUAAAACCUUCAAGCACUUCCUCCUUAUUAAAGACUGCAGUGCUUCAGCAGCAUGAUAAAUCGGAAGAAACCUCCGGGUCGCACCAACCCAAGAGUCCGCGCUGCUCCUCGUUUAGUCCCAGGAAUGUCAGGCACGACGCGUUUGCGCGGCAGCACACCACGUACUCACCAAAGGAUUCCAUGCCUAGUCCAUCUCAAAGGUCUCAGUUCUUAGACACUGCACAGGUGCCGUCACCGCCGCCAUCCUUGAUGCAACCAUCAACACCUCCGAUGCCAGCAAAAAGACUGGAGUUCUCUCAGCAGUCGGUGUCUGAGGUGUCCCAGCACUGGCAGGAGCAGCAGGCGCCUCCUGACAGCCAGCACAGGCACACAGCAGGGACGCUUCCGCAGCACACGUCUCCCGGUUGCAAAACCAGCUCCCACCCGGGGGAAUCUCUCGUGUCGCACGUCGGCUUUUCGCAGGACGCUUCGAAAAUGGACAGUGAUGAUGCUGCUUCAGGUUCAGAUAGCAAAAAGAAGAAAAGGUACCGACCUAGAGACUAUACAGUCAACUUGGAUGGGCACGUGACAGAAGGGGGUGUGAAACCUGUGAGAUUAAAAGAGAGAAAGCUCACUUUUGAUCCCAUGACAGGACAGAUAAAACCUUUAACACCGAAAGAUCCUUUGCAGGUAGAAAUCCCUGCACUUACUGAACAGCACAGGACAGAAACGGAAAAGCAGGAGCAAAAACCCAACCUGCAAAGCCCCUUUGAACAAACGAACUGGAAAGAAUUGUCCAGAAACGAAAUAAUUCAGUCAUAUUUAAACAGACAGAGUAGCUUGCUGUCUUCAUCAGGAGUACAGACUCCAGGAGCUCACUACUUUAUGUCUGAGUAUUUAAAGCAGGAGGAAAGCACUAGAAAAGAGGCUAGAAAGACUCACGUUCUAGCUCCUAACAGCAAACCUACAGACUUGCCUGGGGUCACGAGGGAGGUCACGAGUGAUGAUCUCAACAGAAUACGUGAACAUAACUGGCCAGGCGUGAACGGUUGUUAUGAUACACAGGGUAACUGGUAUGAUUGGACACAGUGCAUAUCUUUAGAUCCACACGGGGAUGAUGGUAGAUUGAACAUCCUGCCUUACGUCUGCCUAGACUGAGUACAGGUUUGCUAAAAUGCUUUUACGUUUGCAGUUAGCAAGAAUGGCAGACACUAUGCCACUUAAAGAUGGAGAAAGCCUCCUGUCCUGGACAAAUAGGCCCAACGAGCAGAGGGUGAGAGGGAGCUGCUUCUGUACAGCUCUUCCCUUUAAAUUCUCCUUUUGUGAAAUGCUGCUACCAGUUUACUAACAAUUGCAAAGGAAGGCAUACGAAGGUUGAGAAAACUGAGUUCAAAACUCUAUAGCGAGCCAGCUAUAAAAAAGUGUUAGUCCCCAAAAGCGAAGAUGAUUUCCAGCACUUUCUGAAUGCCGGAAUCUGACUACAGGCAGGUACAGAGAAAAUUGUGGAAGUUACCUUAACAAAAUAUGCAUCUAUUUAUUUGACUUGAUUUGGGUUUUUAUUUGGCAGUGAGAUAUUCAAGAGACGAUGUGCAAAAACUGUAGUUUUAUUUGUAUCGCAUCUCUGAACAUGAUUGUGUUUUUAAAGUCAUGUGGUACGGAGAUUGGGUUUUAAACAGCAGGUGUUGCACUGCAGGCUGGGAGACCAGCUUCAGCUCAACAUUCCAUGGGCAUCCACAUAUUUCAGUCUGGUUUCAGUUUAAAUCCAGUCUCUGAGAAAUGCUGCAAAAACAGAUGUUUAAUGACAUUUUGAUCCCACCACCACCAGCCAAAUAUUUUUCCUCCUUUUCCCUUCCUGCAAACUUCUAGGAAAAAAAAAAUAAAAAAAAAAAUCACCUUUUCUAGAACUUAAAUGUAACGAGGGUGCUACAAGUUCGUAACUGUACUGUGAGAGGGAAAAAGGAAGCCUGUUUGUAUGCUGGAAAUAUACUUGUUACCAUUCCUUUAGAUAUUGUUUGCCUUAUGGAUAUCCAUCAUAAACGCAAUUUGCAAAAACAAAGAGCCUUAGUGAAUGUACAGUACCUAGACUUCUGUGUUCCUGGGAUGCAGAAGGGAGCAACUUUGCUAUUUGGUCCUUUAAGUGGACACAUUGUGAUAUAAAUGUGGAAAUAAAAAAAAUUUGCACAAAGCAGUUUGUGAAUUAUUUAUACUGAACUAAUUUAUUUUUAAAAAUCUGCUCAAUUCAGACAAAGUAACAGAACCCAUCAGAGCCGAGCGGCGAGGCGCAGCCCAGCAGCGCUGCUGUCAGGGCGCAGAGAUGUCUUCCAAGUGUGUUGGUGGCGUUUGGUCACACAGGUUGGAUUGUUUUUAACUCUGGUUGCAUCCAGGGGUGAGAGACUGAUGACACAAUUACUGUUAAUGUACCUCAGAGUCUAAAAAACUGUAGUUCAUCUUGGUAAUUUUGUAAUAUAUUAUUCCUAAUUGUUAAAAAUAUUUCUAAAGCAGCCUAAUCCAGAAUUCAGUAUAGAAAGCUCAGAAUUUCUAUUACCUGUAUUUGCUUUAACGUUUGGGACAAGCCGUUUUCUACAGUCCCCGCUGCUGGACUUCUGUCCAGGGAAGAGGGGAGGGGACACCAGGGAUACCAAAAAGGUGCUGAGGUUCAGUGCUGUUCGUUCUGUGAACUCAUCUGUGCUGAGUCUCACUGCCGUGGUAAAAGUAGUUCUGCCUUUGAGAGCGGAGUCGAAGCUCUUCACCGUCAGAGUGUGAUUUUAGAAGUGUUCCUCAUGCGUUGCUUUGGUUUAUUCCAUGGAAUGCAGCCAACAUUUGGGUUGUUUUUGUCAUUCUUGUUAAAACCUGCUUUUGUGGUUUGACUGGGACUGCAAUGUGGGCAUCUCAGAAAUCUUACUGGCGUUUGUUUGCUUCUGUUUCUGAAACCCGAGGACUGCGUGAAAUCUAAAAAAAAAAAAAAAAAAAAAAAAUGGUUACCAAAAAUGUUUCCAAGUAUAUUUUCAGUUUACUUCCAUUUUAUCCUCUGCAGUUGAUGAAAUCAGGCAGUGUUUUUUAGAGUUGCAGAAAGUUGCUGUCAGGAAGGUAGCUGUGAUGGCAGAGGGCUCAGAAGUUGCUCACGUUGGGAAAUGUUUAUUUUCUGUUUUAUGUUUAAAAAGAAAAAAAAUUUUAAAAAAUGUGCAUUUUAUUCAAACCCUCCCCAACCCCUCCUCCCUCUUUCCCCAAAUGGUCCUAUUUAGGAACAGGGUCUGUGCCCUUUUGAGGCCUUUGAAUGUGGGGCAAAUUUCAGGAAAUUACGAAGUACACUUUAUAAAAACCAUCCUUUACUUUCAGUUGCUUACAUUUCUGCUGCAGUCGAUGGCCCGGAAGGUCGAGUGAUGUCCUGAGUCCCUUGGCUGCUCUCCAUAGCAAACCGGCCGUGCCGAUGCUCGCUUUGCUUGAGGGAGCUCCGCGUGCUGGACUCGGCCCUUCCCCCGGUGCUGCAGGAUCUCCAGGGACAUCACGUGAUUUGCAGCGUGAGCUUUAACUCCCGUUUGUUUCUGCUGUGAGGGUCAGCUCGCUCGGAUGUGAUCUGGGGCGAGACGAGGCUCGACAAUCUUUACUUCAGCAUGCUUCUAUAACCAGUUCUGUGAGCUCCAAAAAAUGUGAAUAAGUUUACAAGGUGAUUUUUUUUGUCAAUUUUGUAAACAAGUUCAAAUG